CCCGCCGGCCGGCCCCCAGCCCCAGCCCCGGAGGGAGCUCAUGGGAGUAUGAAGGAGAUGGUAGGAGGCUGCUGCGUAUGUUCGGACGAGAGGGGCUGGGCCGAGAACCCGCUGGUCUACUGCGAUGGGCACGCGUGCAGCGUGGCCGUCCACCAAGCUUGCUAUGGCAUCGUUCAGGUGCCAACGGGACCCUGGUUCUGCCGGAAGUGUGAAUCUCAGGAGCGAGCAGCCAGGGUGAGGUGUGAGCUGUGCCCACACAAAGACGGGGCAUUGAAGAGGACUGAUAAUGGAGGCUGGGCCCACGUGGUGUGUGCCCUCUACAUCCCCGAAGUGCAGUUUGCCAACGUGCUCACCAUGGAGCCCAUCGUGCUGCAGUACGUGCCUCAUGAUCGCUUCAACAAGACAUGUUACAUCUGCGAGGAGCAGGGCCGGGAGAGCAAGGCGGCCUCGGGAGCCUGCAUGACCUGUAACCGCCAUGGAUGUCGACAGGCUUUCCAUGUCACCUGUGCCCAAAUGGCAGGCCUGCUGUGUGAGGAGGAGGUGCUGGAGGUGGACAACGUCAAGUACUGCGGCUACUGCAAGUACCACUUCAGCAAGAUGAAGACAUCCCGGCACACCAGUGGGGGAGGAGGAGGAGGAGGCAGCAGCAGUGGCAGCGGCACAGGGGGAGGUGGCAGUGGCUUCAUCUCUGGCAGGAGAAGCCGGUCAGCCUCACCAUCCACCCAGCAGGAGAAGCACCCCACCCACCACGAGAGGGGCCAGAAGAAGAGUCGAAAGGACAAAGAACGCCUUAAACAGAAGCACAAGAAGCGGCCUGAGUCACCCCCCAGCAUCCUCACCCCACCUGUGGUCCCCGCUGCUGACAAGGUCUCCUCCUCGGCUUCCUCUUCCUCCCACCACGAGGCCAGCACGCAGGAGACCUCCGAGAGCAGCAGGGACUCAAAGGGGAAAAAGUCUUCCAGCCAUAGCCUGAGUCAUAAGGGGAGGAAACUGAGCAGUGGGAAAGGUGUGAGCAGUUUUACCUCCGCCUCUUCCUCCUCUUCCUCCUCCUCCUCCUCCUCUGGGGGGCCCUUCCAGCCUGCAGUCUCGUCCCUGCAGAACUCCCCUGACUUCUCUGCAUUCCCCAAGCUGGAGCAGCCAGAGGAGGACAAGUACUCCAAGCCCACAGCCCCCGCCCCUUCAGCCCCUCCCUCUCCCUCAGCCCCUGAGCCCCCCAAGGCUGACCUCUUUGAGCAGAAGGUGGUCUUCCCUGGCUUUGGGCCCAUCAUGCGCUUCUCAACCACCACCUCCAGCUCGGGCCGGGCCCGGGCCCCCUCCCCUGGGGACUACAAGUCUCCCCACGUCACGGGAUCUGGGGCCUCAGCGGGCACCCACAAGCGGAUGCCCACACUGAGUGCCACUCCUGCACCUGCCGAGGAGACCCCUGAGACAGGCUUGAAGGAGAAGAAGCACAAAGCCAGCAAGAAGAGCCGACACGGGCCAGGCCGACCCAAGGGCAGCCGGAACAAGGAGGGCACUGGGGGCCUGGCUGCCCCCUCCCUGCCUGGAGCCCAACUGGCUGGCUUUACCGCCACUGCUGCCUCACCCUUCUCUGGUGGUUCCCUGGUCAGCUCUGGCCUGGGUGGUCUGGCCUCCCGCACCUUUGGGCCUUCUGGGAGCUUGCCCAGCCUGAGCCUAGAGUCACCUCUGCUGGGGGCAGGCAUCUACACCAGUAAUAAGGACCCCAUCUCCCACGGUGGUGGGAUGCUGCGGGCUGUCUGCAGCACCCCCCUCUCCUCCAGCCUGCUGGGGCCCCCAGGGACCUCGGCCCUACCCCGCCUCAGCCGCUCCCCAUUCACCAGCACCCUCCCCUCCUCCUCUGCUUCUAUUUCCACCACUCAGGUGUUUUCUCUGGCUGGCUCUACCUUUAGCCUCCCUUCUACCCACAUCUUUGGAACUCCCAUGGGUGCCGUUAACCCCCUCCUCACCCAAGCCGAGAGCAGCCACACAGAGCCAGACCUGGAGGACUGCAGCUUCCGAUGUCGGGGGACCUCCCCCCAGGAGAGUCUGUCUUCCAUGUCCCCCAUCAGCAGCCUCCCCGCACUCUUUGACCAGACAGCCUCCGCACCCUGCGGGGGCGUCCAAUUAGAUCCUGCGGCCCCAGGGACUACUAACAUGGAGCAGCUGCUGGAGAAGCAGGGCGACGGGGAGGCCGGUGUCAACAUCGUGGAGAUGCUGAAGGCGCUGCAUGCGCUGCAGAAGGAAAACCAGAGGCUACAGGAGCAGAUCCUGAGCCUGACGGCCAAGAAGGAGCGGCUGCAGAUUCUCAACGUGCAGCUUUCUGUGCCCUUCCCCGCCCUGCCUGCCGCGCUGCCUGCCGCCAAUGGCCCUGUCCCUGGGCCCUAUGGCCUGCCUCCCCAAGCUGGCAGCAGCGACUCCUUGAGCACCAGCAAGAGCCCUCCAGGGAAGAGUAGUCUGGGCCUGGACAACUCGCUAUCCACGUCUUCCGAGGACCCACACUCAGGCUGCCCGAGCCGCAGCAGCUCGUCGCUGUCCUUCCACAGCACGCCCCCACCGCUGCCCCUGCUCCAGCAGAGCCCUGCCACCCUGCCCCUGGCCCUGCCUGGGGCCCCUGCCCCACUCCCGCCCCAGCCGCAGAAUGGGUUGGGCCGGGCACCGGGGGCAGCAGGGCUGGGGGCCAUGCCCAUGGCUGAGGGGCUGUUGGGGGGGCUGGCAGGCAGCGGGGGCCUGCCCCUCAAUGGGCUCCUGGGGGGGUUGAAUGGGGCUGCUGCCUCCAACCCUGCGGGCUUGAGCCAGGCUGGCGGGGCCCCCACGCUGCAGCUGCCAGGUUGUCUCAACAGCCUAACGGAGCAGCAGAGACACCUCCUUCAGCAGCAAGAGCAGCAGCUCCAGCAACUGCAGCAGCUCCUCGCCUCCCCUCAGCUGACCCCGGAACACCAGACUGUUGUCUACCAGAUGAUCCAGCAGAUCCAGCAGAAGCGGGAGCUGCAGCGGCUGCAGAUGGCCGGGGGCUCCCAGCUGCCCAUGGCCAGCCUGCUGGCAGGAAGCUCCACCCCGCUGCUGUCCGCGGGCACCCCUGGCCUGCUGCCCACAGCAUCUGCCCCACCCCUGCUGCCCGCCGGAGCCCUAGUGGCUCCCUCGCUUGGCAACAACACAAGUCUCAUGGCCGCAGCAGCUGCGGCUGCAGCAGUAGCAGCAGCAGGCGGACCUCCAGUCCUCACUGCCCAGACCAACCCCUUCCUCAGCCUGUCGGGGGCGGACGGCAGUGGCAGUGGCCCCAAAGGAGGGACCGCUGACAAAGGAGCCUCAGCCAACCAGGAAAAAGGCUAAACCUACCCAUACCCCUUCUGACCCCCCAAGUGGAGGGGGCAGAUCCUGGCCUGAGGGGUUCUAGCCUGGAGCAGGCACCUGCGCCCAGACACUGGAGAGCCCCGGCCCAGAGCCUGUGCGGAGGCCCAGGGAGUGUGGGGAGCUCCUGGUGCCGAGGACUGAGACUGAGAGGGGAGCCCCUUCCAGCUGGGCCCCUACACUCUGUGCACCCUCCCCUGUGUGAGAGGCUCGUAGGAAGGACAGGCUCCAAGCCCACCUAGAAGUCCCCACCCUCAGAAAAUGUUUUGGGGUCUCCCAGAGAGCAUAAGUAGGGGGCUGGUUGGACCUGUCACAUAAAAUGGAUCAGCACUUGAAUGGGGAGAAGUAGAGGGACAGGCCCUGGGCCUGUCCCUGUAUGGAAAUCUUUUAUGGAAGAAGGGCUGGCCCGACUUUACCUGCAGUUCUUUCCCGACUUGGGCAGAUGGCAGAAGGGAUCCCUUGGAAUGUUUCUCGCCUUCCCUUCCCCACUGAGGUUCACAAGCUGAGCUUGUAAAAGCCCACAGAUGGAGGGGGCUGAGGAAGGGACGGAUUGGCAUCAUACUCAGCCCACGCCUCCCCCACCUUGUGAGGCCCCAGUGAUGGGGAGGGGAGGGUGGGUGGCGGAGGCCCCAGCCUCCCUUGGUGUCCCGCCCUGUGUUUGCACUAUUGGAUUUCGGAGUGCCGAGGGUGGGGAGAUGGAGCUGCCCGACUCAUAGAGUGUGAAUGAGCGUGUGCAUGUAUGUGUGUGUGUGUGCUCAUGUGUGCGUGUACGCGAGUGUGUGUUUGUCUGUCUCUCUCUCCCUGGACCUGGGGCAGCAUGGGCAGGGACAGGAGCAAUGGUCAGAUGAUGUGGCACCAGAGGGGGGAGCUCCCAGCUCUUGUUUGCACCCUCCCCACCUCACCAACUUUGGUCCCUUUCUGGGGCAUAAAUGGUUAACAAAAACCAGAACAGUACUCCAAUAUUGGAGAGUAACUGGGGGCUGGGGGCUGGGGGCUUUGAAUCAGGGUAAUAUCCUGCCUUCCCUCCCCCAGACCCCACAUGGUCUCAGGGCCUCCUUAGGGCCCCCUUUCCCAUUUAUAGCUUGGUCCUUCUUCCCUGGCACAAGGGGAGCCCCCAGGGCUGGGGGAGAGGGCAAGAGGGCGUAAAGUGCCACUUCUUUUAGCAAAAGCCUCUCCCAAAAUUAGCCAACCUGCCUCCAGCAUCCCACCCACCCCAUAAACCAGGGGAGCCGCUUAAGCUGACCUAACCACCUUCCCUUCACCCACCAGCUAUUCCCCCCGGGGUGUAGUGGGCAAUUCUCAUCUUAAAAGAGCCCCCACUUGCCCAGGGCCUUCGUGGCAGAGGCCAGGGAGGGCCUUCAGGAGAGAGGGGAGCGAGGCCUGUGUUCCUGUCGCAGUUGCACUGGGUUGGAGCCGAGGGGAGGCGUUUCCAGCUCUCCCUGAUGCUCGUGUCUUGUCGGUCUGUCUCUUUGCAUGUGUGGAUUUAUUUGUGUGUGUUUCUGUUUGGGUUUUUGUUGUUGGGUUUUUUUUUUUUUUUUUUGUUUUGUUUUUAAAUAAAGAAAGAAGUGUAUAUUUUUGGCAACAACA